GCAGCCCCGCGCAGCCGGCGGGCACCGGCAUCCUGUGGCGGGUAGGUCGGGUGGGCCCUCGUGGGGCAGCAAGGGGCUUGGCCCUAGUAGGGGUUAAAACAUGUCUGAUGAGGCUGCGCGUUGGCUUCUUGGACUAGGGGCCGGUUGCCGGGCUGGCCCUGCCGUCUGCCCGAGUGCUGUGAGGGGUUAGGCCGGCGAGGCUGAGCUGCCGAGGGAUGGAAGGGCCGGGGAGCGGAAGAAGCACUUCCUCCUCGGUGGUCACAGACCACAGUUUGGUGUUCUGGACUCUGUGCUCCGUGCUCCUGCCGGUGCUCAUCACCCUGUGGUGCAGCUUCCAGCGGUCCCGGCGGCAGGUGUUGAUCCGAGAUAUCUUUCGGAAGAGCAAGCAUGACUGGCACUACACAGACCUCUUCGGGCAGCCCUCCUACUGCUGCGUGUGUGCUCAGCACAUCCUCCAGGGCGCUUUCUGCAACUGCUGCGGCCUGCGUGUCAGCGAAGGCUGCCUCAAGAAGGCUGACCAGCGCUUUCACUGCAAGGAGAUUAUGAUGAGCAACAGCGGAGCCCGCAGCUCCAUGCCGCACCACUGGAUCAGAGGCAACGUCCCGCUCUGCAGCUGCUGUAUGGUCUGCAGACAGCAGUGUGGCACACAGCCCAAGCUCUGCGACUACAGAUGUGUGUGGUGCCAGUACACUGUCCACGAUGAAUGCAUGGUGGAUUAUUUAAAGACACAGAAGUGUACAUUUGGAGAAUUCAGAGAUUUAAUUAUUCCACCAUACUAUUUGUCUACAAUCAACCAGAUGCGUAAAGAGAAAAGAACUGAUUAUGAAAAGGUAGCACCUUACUGCAGAAAACACUGGAUGCCAGUAAUUGUACUGGCCAAUACUCGCAGUGGAAACAACAUGGGUGAAACUUUACUAGGAGAAUUUAAAAUUCUGCUGAACCCUGUUCAGGUUUUUGAUCUAAGCAAAAUCACACCUGCUAAAGCACUCCAACUUUGUACCUUGCUGCCUUGCAACGCUGUCAGGGUUCUUGUCUGUGGUGGGGAUGGCACAGUAGGCUGGGUCCUGGAUGCCAUUGAUGAAAUGAAGAUAAAGGGGCAAGAACGUUAUAUUCCACAAGUUGCAAUUUUACCCCUGGGAACAGGUAAUGACCUGUCUAAUACACUGGGCUGGGGUGCAGGUUAUGCUGGAGAAGUCCCUGUAGAACAAAUCUUACAAAAUGUCAUGGAGGCAGAUGGAAUCAAACUAGACAGAUGGAAGGUUCAAGUAACAAACAAAGGAUACUACAACUUAAGGAAACCAAAGGUAUUCACAAUGAACAACUACUUCUCUAUAGGACCUGAUGCUCUCAUGGCUUUAAAUUUUCAUGCUCAUCGUGAGAAGACUCCCUCUCUGUUUUCCAGCAGAAUUAUUAACAAGGCAGUUUAUUUUUUUUAUGGAACCAAAGACUGCUUAGUACAGGAAUGUAAAGAUCUUAACAAAAAGGUUGAGCUAGAGUUGGAUGGUGAGAAAAUUGAGUUGCCCAAUUUGGAAGGCAUCAUUGUCCUGAAUAUUGGAUACUGGGGAGGCGGCUGCAGGCUCUGGGAAGGAGUGGGUGAUGAACCUUACCCCUUGGCAAGACAUGAUGAUGGACUUCUGGAGGUUGUCGGUGUUCAUGGUUCUUUCCACUGUGCCCAGAUUCAGGUGAAGCUAGCAAAUCCUGUUCGCCUGGGGCAGGCACAUACAGUGAGGGUUUUUUUAUUCCAGGUCUUGCUUUUCAUAAGCACUAACUUGAAACACCAUUUACUUUGGUUAGAAGCUUUAAGUACUUGCUCUCAGAAAACAGACUUGAGAUUCUUCUGGUUGUAAAAGAAAAUGCUACCUUGUUUGAACGCCCUUGGAGAAAGACAUCCUGUUGAGGCAAUGCUUAUAGCAAAAGUAAGUUAAAAAUUUCUUCUGUAUGACUUCAGCUAAUUCAGAUUGAGAAUACAUUUUACCCAUACAUUUUGCUUUCUAGUGUUUACAACUACACAGUAAGUACUUCUUUCCCUCAGUUAUUGGAUUACUCAUUUUAUGCUGGCUCACUUUCAGCUAAACAUGUAAUUCAAGACAGCAUCAAAAGCUCUGAUUAAAUCAGAAUAGUGAGCUUCUCUUCUAUCCACUUUAUCCCUCAUGCCAGAUAGCUUGUUAGAAAGGAACACUGGAACGGCUUCACCCAGCUUAUUCUUAGCCCAGAAACCCACUUGUUUGGCUUUUUCAGUCACCACCACCACACCUGGAAGAUGUCAGAAAGGUCUCCAAAGGCUCCCAGACCCCUGACCUAUUCUCAAUGUCCAAUUUUUGCUCUUUGCUGCUGGGGAGGCACCUCCCCAUUCCCCACAGCUUCUGAGAACUGAUUGUUAAAGGUUCUGGUUUCAGUUUGGCCGGUUCCUUCUGGUUCUGUAUUAUGUUGCACUGAAGCUCACAGCUUUUAUAGUGUGUGUUAUUGUAUCUCACUGGUUUAGAAACCAAAAAACUAAUAACAAACUUCAAGCACUGUACCUUAGCUGUGAACAGCAUAAUGGUAUCAUUGUUAUAGGAGUUAGCCUUUUCUACUUAGCAACAAAUGCUUUUUGGUAGAGUACCACUGUAACCUAGUUAUUCUGUGGGUAAGUAGGACACUUAGGAGCCAUUGCAUGUAUUCUAACUGAAAGACCUUUUUUGUUCUGUGUUCCAUACCAACUACUAGCAGUUUUCCUUUUGGAAAAGAAAGGAAGAUUUGACCCUUCAGUUAGGAGUACACUAGGAUAUCUUCUGGUUUAAAAAUACUAGUACUUAACUCCUCCUGAUGAAUGUGAACCACUUAUUUUAAAAUGCUGACUUAUUUUCUAGUAAAUUAUAGCUGCUUUUUGAGCAUAAGAAUGAGACAACAGAGACCACUUGUUUAUUUAGUAUAUUGAGAGAAUUUAGACAUUCUCUAUUUCACCUUCGUUUAGGCCACCGUUCUAAAAGCUCAGCAUGAUCACAGCUUUUUAUCUCACUAAGUGUGCUGAUAACACAGUUCAGGUUUUGGGCAUCUCAGGGAGAGACCUCUAGCUGGAGUAAAGCCACCUGCCUUGACUAAACCUAGUGAUGUUACACAGACUUACAUUAGCUGAGGAUCCAGCCCUUAACUAUUCAAAAGCAUGAAUGUAACCAAAAUUUUGCUUUCUUUCCUGUGCUGUGUACCCUUACUGAUGUAAUUCACUUUUUGGCAUUUGUUUUAUUUGCAACUUGCUUGUAUAUUGCGGUGUGAAAAUAGUUCUCUUUUUAAGAGUAAGUGGGAAUUUACAUUGUGAGCUUAUCGCAUUCUGUACCCAAAGUUUACAUCCCUCAGAAGCCAUUUCGUCUGCUACCAACCAUUGUGAUCUUUAGAGUAAGUACCUCCAGCCAUCUCCUCUUUCUAGGGUUUUUAUAGUUAAACAGAAAGGAUUUUUAUUUUUGUAGCUUGUAACUUCAAUCUGUACAGCAGUGACUUCUAUUUAGUAAUUCGUGGUCAGAGUACUGUAAAAAUGUUACUUUUAAGAGCUGUAACUUUAAAUUAGUAAUUACAGCUUGCAAGAAAAUACCAGCAUGUUAAGAGUUGGGAAGAUAAAAAAGUUUGUUCUUUAGCUUGGAACUACUGUGAUGCUGUGACUUGUGAUUUGUAUUGAAUGUGUUUAUGCAUAUAUUCUGAAGUUGCACUGAAUGGGGAAAAAGUGAGCUUAAAAUGCAAGUAAUAGAUGAGGAAGUAGAAUUUAUAACACCUUAGGGUUUUUUUUCAACUGAUAUAGGUGGCAUUUUGGAUUCAGUACUUCUUGGUUUUCCCACAAAACAGUAAGGUGGGAGUGAUCAGUGUGCUCCUGACAGAGCAACCGUUUCCUUACGGUCCAGUUUGAGGUAGGUGUUAUUUAGUGCCCAAACAUAAGCUGAAGCUGUCCUUACCAUUCCCACCUCUCUUCCCAGGAAACAGAAUUUCAGAGCAAACCUGACUGCUCACAGCAGUGAAGUGUGAGAUUCUUUGCAAAGAAAUAACAGCCAACAGUGUAUCGAAGCUUCAAUAUAAAUGUUUAAAGUCAAACAUUGAUAAUUCUUUUUCUUGACACCAGGUGAUGCUUUCAAACCCCAAAGUGUUUCCAGUUGUUUUUUAAAAGGCAGCAGGCUGAAAUGAGAGGAUAAGGAGGUACCACUGUAAAACUAUUAUUAAGUCAUAAAAGGUGGGCAGCAUGUUCUUCAUUUGCUGUGUAGGCACAUGAAGUGUGGUUGUGGAAUGUCUCGUAAAAGCCUCUGCUCUGAACCCUCGUUGACUUCAUCCAGUGUUUCUGAAUUGGUUGAUGAUACCAUUGCCCCCUGUAAUUGUGAUGUUUGCUCAAAUCAUUACAUAUGGGUGAUGUGGAUUAUUUGGGCCAGGUUCUGUCUGUGAGAAGCUGCAAAUCCAGUGAAAUCUGCUGGUUGUCUGCUGGUACUCCACAUUUACACAGGUGAAACUGAAGAAAACUCAUCUUCAGGCAGUUGUAUCACGGCCUGUCUCUGUGACUUCAGCUCCCCAGUGCUCUUCUGAGUAACAUCUGCUCCAUAUUCUUCAUAGAGUUUUGUAAAUGCAGUUUUUUUCACAGCACUGACACUGUUACUGAAUUUCCUAAUGCAUCUUUUUGUUGUCUUGUUAUUUCUACUGUGUUUCUCUGUAAAGUGUGUGGAUUAAAGUAUUUAAACUCAA